AUGCUAGUCGACAUGACACUCCCCCGCCGCAUCCCAGCAGAGACCGCCCUCCGCAUGGUCCGCAAGGUCGUGCAGACACUCAUGUAUCUUCGUGGACAAAUGGCCACCAGUUGGGACCAAUUGGAGGUCCUUUUGAUGCAGGAAAAUAUGCGGCAGGAACAGGAGCAGGAACUGGAGCAGGGGUCUCAAUCCCAUAAAGAUUCGUUUCACCAUGACCCCCACCUCGGGACCCGGAACCAUGCUCAAGACGAGGAUGAUGACAACGAGAACGAUUUUGUCAUCCCUACAAAGUCCCUCCGAGAGUUUCUGGAAACAGGAGAGAGGAUGUUUGUCGAUCUUGAAGAAUCAGUAUACGGCCAACUCUACUCCGACCUCCGCCACUCCUCUACACCCACCAGCGCCAACACAUCAACACCUCCACCACGCUACCUCUCACUAGCACUCAUCUUCGGAACGACCUUUACAACCCCAAAAGAGCAAUACAUGCUCCGCAUCGGACCCCUCGAACCCCGACUUCCCAGCCCUUCCUCUUCUACCCCCUCCUCCGCCUACAUCCAUAACCCCCACCCCACCAACCUUCCUGCUCCACUACCUGCAACAACAGAGAUAUCCCCAAAAGAACAGGCAAACAGGACGAGGGAAGAAAAGAAAUGGGAUAGACUCCUCAUCCAGAACCUCAUGGGCAUCCUACCUUUUCCCCCACCUUCAGACCAAUACCCCUCCAGCGAUCACAACCAGCAACAACAAGAAGGCUACGGAAGUCUGUUGGGAACUGACCCCUUGCGUCACAGGACGAAAACUCACCUUCUUAUGCGCGCCCCCGCAGGGAAAAUCUUUACAGGCAUGUUUCCCCAACAGCAUCUCCUCUUGCACCAGGACUAUCCCACCCCUUCUCGUUCUCGUUCUCCUUCCCAGAUCGAUAAAGACGGGCAAGUAGAAGAGGUACCGGCAACGCAAUCAUGCUGGAACCAAGGCUGCAGAAACCACAAGAAACCAGCGCGCUGGCCUAUUCAUCACAUCCACAUCUUUGGCCCGUCCUCUGACCAAGACACCGACAAUCAAGGUAUGAACGGGGAUGUGGACGAGGAUGAGGAUGAGAUGUGGUACUUGAUCGGACCUGGCAUCCCCCUCCUCUCCCCUCUACUCUAA